CUAGCUUAACCAGCAGAAAGCAGUUACUCCUCCUCCUCCUCCUCCUCCUGGGAAACCGCCGGAGUUUGGUUCCGGCGUGGGAAUGUGGUAGAGUAAUCCUCUGGGGGAUCGUAGCUUCUUCCGUUUAUGAGGGUUAGUGAGGCGAAAUGCCGCCGCCGCCGUCUCGACCCACCACCACCAUCAGCAGCAGGAGGUCACUGGUUUUUGUAGUAAUCAUGCUACUGCUUCAGAUUUGGGCUUUCAGCACCAGCAGCAGAGCAACCGCCACCAGGAUUCUGCCCCGGGACGGCGGCGCGUCUCCGGCAACGUUGGUGAAGACGCCUCGUGAAGCCGCCGGCCAACAUUCCGACCAGCAUAGUAGCAGCAGAGGCAGUAGUAAGGAUAAUUAUGUGAGCAAUAGGGAGCAUUUCGGUCGCUCAUUCAGUGCGCCUCCGACACCGUCUUCUGGUUCAGCCGAUGUUAUCAGCGCAGCCGCCGAUGUCGCCGGCGGAGGAGGUUUUGAGGAGAGCAAACGAAAAGUACCCAGCUGCCCUGAUCCUCUCCACAACUGAUUGAGAAAGAAAAAAAGUUUGCUCAAUUUCCUCCCUUUUUUUUUAUCAGCAGGUUUUGGCCGAUUGUUAGGUUGUUGUUUGUGCAAUAUUUUGUCCAAAAUACCCACGUUUUCCUCAUCAUUUCCCGGGAGAAACUCGCCGUGUGAUAGCUUGUAAUCUUUGUCGAGGGGAAAACGAGGGUAUUUUGGUAGUUUCAUUUUCCACAUAGGUGCUGCAAUAUCCCUUUUUGGGCUGUUGAGACUUGAGAGAUUAUUGAUUUUUUUGUUAAUUCCAUUGGAUCAUUAUCAUGAUCAUCGUUAUGUAAUCAUGAUGGGCUAAUUAUGUAUGAAUGAUCAUGAUUAAUGUACAGAAAAACUGAGGAGCUCUUAGUUUAAUCAUAUAAAAUGUUGGGUAAUGG